AUGGCUGAACAACACACUGGAUAUAAAUGUGUUGAUAUGUAUGCUGAGGAUGUUGCAGAGCUGAGAGCAGAUGAUCAAGACAUCUGGCUUGGGGAUGAUGAAGGAGUAGAUGAUGAAGGAGUAGAUGAUGAGAAUUAUGAAGAUUUCCUUGAAGAUCCUACUGAUGAUGACAACUCACCUACAGAAAUAGAUGAUAAAGGCAAAGGCAAAGCUCCUGCAGAAGAAGAAGAAGAAGCAGAGGAUGUGGAUGAGGUGGAUAGUGCUGAAGGCUCUUCUAAAGAUGAAGAUUACAAGCUGCCACCAGAGGAAGACAGCAGUGCAGAGGAUGAAGAAGCUUUGCAGUACAGGAACUAUGCUAGGCAGAUUAAGAGAAACAUUAAGGCAAAGAAGUUAGGGAUGCAUGCCAAGCCAAUUGGUGAAAUAAGGGCAGAGGACAUAGUUGAUGAAGUACCAAACUUGGAUGAACCUGGAAGUCCUUUUCUUGACUCUAGUGAGGACUACUCAUAUGAGGAGGACAGUGAUGGGGAGAUCAGAAGGCAGUUCAAGAAUGCCCUUGUCAAGUAUGGACUUAAGGCACACAAAUCACUGAAGUUUGACAUAGAUGAAAAGUUGAGGGUGAGGGCAAAAUGUGACUGGAUUGGGUGCAAUUGGAUGAUAUAUGGGUCAAAGACUACAAGGUCUCAGUGGUUUAAGGUGGUCACAUUUUCAGAUGUCCACACUUGCCCACCCAGGAGGGACAACAACCUAGUGACCUCCACUGUAAUUGCUAAGCACUAUUACAGUCAGAUCAAAGACAACCCUACCUGGUGUGCUGGUCUCAUUAAGGCUGCUGUGCUCAAGGAUUUUCUUGCUGAUGUGUCUAUCUCAAAGUGCAAGAGGGCCAAGUCUCUGGUGCAGAAGCAAGCACUUGAUGCUAUGUCAGGAGAGUACAGCAGGAUAUAUGACUAUCAGCUAGAGCUACUUAGGUCCAAUCCUGGUAGUACUGUGGUUGUCUACCUGGACCCAGACAUAGAGGGCAACCAAGUCUUUGAGAGGUUUUAUGUUUGUUUUGAUGCUCUGAAGAAAGGCUUCUUGGCUGGAUGUAGAAAGCUUAUUGGCCUGGAUGGUUGCUGGUUCAAAGGUGCUCACAAUGGUAAUCUGCUGUGUGCAAUAGGAAGAGAUGCAAACAACCAGAUAUACCCAAUAGCUUGGGCUGCAGUUCCAAUAGAAAACUAUGAUAGUUGGUACUGGUUUUUGUCCUUGCUGCAGAAGGAUCUCAAUAUCAACAAUGGAGGGCUUCAGUGGGUGGUAAUCUCAGAUCAGCAGAAGGGUCUCUUGAAGGCAGUCAAAGAGUUAAUUCCUGCUGCAGAACAUAGAAUGUGUGCUAGGCACAUCUAUGCCAACUGGAGGAAGAAGUAUACCGACAAGAAACUACAGAAGAAAUGGUGGAGGUGUGCCAAAGCCUCAAACAAGGUGCUUUUCAAUGUGUACAGGGCCUACCUUGCUCAAGACACUCCUGAGGGUGCAGCAGACAUGAUGGCAACCUCACCAGAGCACUGGAGUAGGGCUUACUUCAGGCGUGGCAAUAACUGUGAUUCAGUGGAUAACAACAUGUGUGAGAGCUUCAACCAUAGCAUCAUGGAAGCCAGAUUCUACCCAGUGAUUUCAAUGUGUGAGGCCAUAAGAAAGAAGCUGAUGGUUAGGAUACAAGAGAAUAGAGCAAGAGCUGACAAGUGGACUGGUAACAUUUGUCCAAAUGUUUUUAAGAAGCUGAAGAUGAACAUUGAGUUAUCUGGCAAGUGUAUUGUGUUAUGGAAUGGGGCAGAUGGUUAUGAAGUCCAAGACUGGGAAGACAGGAAGUAUAUUGUGAAGUUGCUCACUAGGGAAUGUAGUUGUGAGUACUGGCAGCUGUCAGGGUUGCCAUGUUGUCAUGCUAUUAGCUCAAUCUACAAAGGGCACCAGAACUUGGAAGAUUACAUUGCUUCUUGUUUCAGCAAAGAAGCAUACAUGAGGACAUAUGACCAUGUUUUGAUGCCUGUAGAGGGUGCAGCAAAUUGGCCAAUAUCUGACAUGCCUAGGCCACUUCCACCAGCAUAUGUGAAGAUGCCUGGAAGGCCCAAGACACAGAGGAAGAGAGAGGAAUGGGAACAACCUAAAGGAGUAAAGUUGAGCAAGGUUGGUAUCAAAAUGACUUGCAGGUUGUGUGGCAAAGGUGAUCACAACUCAAGAAGGUGUCCCAAAAACCCCCAAGCUUCCAACAAAAACAUGGCUCACAUCACCAGAGAGAAGAAAGGGAAGAGAAAGGAGGCAGAGGCAGCAGGUGCUGGGGCAAGUGCUGGCACCAAGAAGACAACAACUAAGAAGGAGCAUGAACAGAUGCUUGAACAAUCUAUGAUCUGA